GUGUGUGUGUGUGUGUGUGACAUCACCGUGGGGAGGUGUGGAGAUGGUCAUAGCAGAGGCGGAUUACACUGCGGGGCUGCUGUUUUGCUGGAAUUAUAUGACACUUUUAAAGCCCUGUUAACAUGCUGAAGCUGUGGGGAGCACUGGUCUGCCAAAUGGCAAUAAAUAUCACCUGCCACAUCGUCAAAGCCAAUGUGUGCCUUGGAGGUCAGGACAUCUUUGCAACAGUCAGAGAAAACAGUCCACCUGGGGAGUUUGUCGCAAACCUCAGCAUCGCUAAAGACCCAGGAGCCAAUAGCAUCCGUUUGUGCCUCACUGGAGACAACGCUGAUUGGUUCUACCUGGAGGCGAAAUCCAUCAGACUCAACACAUCUUUUUCAAGAGUGCUAGAUCGGGAGGUCCAAGGGCCUGUUUUAAUUGCAGCAUUAACAUGCUAUGAAGACGACGCCAUACAGAGUGAAUACAGGAUUGUGGUGGAGAUCCUGAAUGAAAAUGACAACCUGCCAGCCUUCUCGGAGCGGACCGCCCAGCCCUUUGACGUAAGCGAGCUGACGGCAGUGAACACCGUCAUAUUCACCGUGCAGGCCAGGGACGCGGAUAAUGACACCAUUGCGUAUGUCAUAGACGCAUCAUCGACUGAUGCCAGCUUUUUCAAAAUAGACCUGCCUAAGAGUGGGAAGGUGGCGCUGGCUCAGCCUCUGGACUACGAGACUAAAACCAGGCUGCAGUUCACCGUUUACGCCGUGGAGAUGAACACCGAGGAGAGGUACAGCGCCACGGCCAACAUAACGGUGAAUGUUGUGGACGGGGACGACCAGUACCCCCAGUUCCAGCCCUGCACCGUUCCCUCUCAGGAAGAGACGCCCCUCGUCUGCACCAGUCCCGUGUACGUGGUGAACGUCACUGAGAAGGAGCAGGACACCAUCUUAUAUUUUUCUCCUGGUCCAAUUCACGCCGAGGAUGGGGACAGGGGUCUGAUGACCCCAUUGGUGUACACCAUCCUGUCAGGUGCGGACAACGGCAGGUUUCGCAUUGACAACGAGACCGGGGAGGUGGUGCUGACACAGCGAGUGGAGAACAGACUGCUGACCCCCAACCUCAGACUGAGGAUCAUGGCCUCCCAGCGGGACGACCCAAAGAAGUACGCCGUGGCGACGGCGCUGGUCCGGGUCCUGGCCGAGAACCGCUUCCCGCCCCGGUUCAACAGAACCGCCUACCGGGGCUUCGUCACGGAGAGCGGGAGCCCGGCCGCGCUGGUCUCCACCUACGGGGACGCGGCGCUGGUCAUGCAGGCUGUGGACAGAGACUUCGGAGACGGAAUGAAUCCGAAGAUCCAUUACUCUCUGAGGCCAAAGUCCCACAGCACGGGUCUCUAUCAAAUCACACAGGAAGGACUGAUCAUCGCCAGAGCCAAUCAGCUGCGAGCUUUUGACAAACACCUCCUCGAGGUGCUUGCGACAGACCAGGAAUCGGGAGAGGUGGUGAACGCCUCCGUCAGCAUUGAGGUCCUGCGAAAAGGCCGACCAGCCCCCCUGAGCCCGUUUGGCGAGGGGCGCCUGUACGGAACGGUGGCGGUGGGCGCGGGCGUGGCCGGGGGCCUGGUGGGCGUGGUCGUGCUCCUGCUGGCGGUGGUGCUCUGUCUGAUCCGGCAGCUGGCCCGGGCUCAGCGGCGGCGGCGGGAACCGGGGGGGCUGGCCCCAGCAGCGGCGGGAAAACUGCCCAACGUGGUCAACCACAGAGGGGCCACGCCUCUCAGGGACGAACUGUCCUAUCACAACGAGGCAUUCGCCUCAUGUGACGCGGCGAGCUCCGUCCUGCAGGGCAAGCACGGAGUGUACACUCGAAAGGGAUCGCUGGCGCCCGCGUGGAGCGCAAACAGGGACGAGCCCGCCCCCCAGGACGAGCCUCCGCCCCUCCCGGUCCCGGACUCGCUACCCAGAGGAGCGACGACGUCCAUUAUGACCGACGGGAGGACGGCGAACAAAUCGGUCCCCAAAACCGUCUCGUUUCGGGACGAGGACGGGGCGACCCCGGAGAACGGGCCCGGCCUGGCGCGGGUUCGGGGGGAGCCGACGCAAGCAAACGCCCAGGGGGACGGCGCGGCGCGGUCGCCGCGGGAACCGCUCCUCGGCCAAUCAAACGAAAUGGGAAAGGCGGCGGUCGGGGGGCGCAGGAAGGACCAAUCAGACGGGGCAAAACAAGGCGGUGAGGACACGCCCCUAAAGAGGUUAAAAGAACCAGCGGGCAGCGGUGAUAAUGACAGCAAUGAGGAGAUUGAGGUCCCAGAGAACCCAUACAAGCUAUGAAUAACGCAUGAGGAGAGACCAGCGGAUAAUGGGUGGCACACAGAAGCAGCAGCAGUAAAGAUCAGGACCGGAGAAUCUGGCUAAAAUGACACACAGUCAGACGGUGCCUUGUGGGGAGAAAUCUCUUCCUUUCCUCCGGAAGACGCGUUAUUGAAAAAACACCAAAAAAUAAAAAUCGACCAGGACACUGCUACAAUGCAGGCUAGGCUUUAUUUGUUUGUUUUUUUGUUGAAGAUACAUAAAAUUCUGAUUGCAUUGUACAUAAACUGUAUUUCAUGAAGCCAAGGUACUGUGUAUAUGGACAAUCAUUUCAGAAAUGUUUAUACAUAAUGUUAAAAUAAUUAGUCUGACCUCAACAUUGCUAAUCCUCCAGUGCAUGUUCACGCAUUUCGAACAGCAAGUAUUCUUAAAAGCAAAAAGGAACACUGUCAAAGACAUCGUUUGCUCGAAGAUUUGUGCGAUGAUAUCAACAGCCUUAAUGUCGUCACAUUUCAUUCAAUUUAAAAUGUAAAUGUCAUAUAAACGUAAUUGCAUUA